GAGACAUAAAAUUAUUGGAGGUCAAAGGUAAUUGAGAGCACGGCUUUUGAAAUUUGUGUUCUCACACGUACACAACAUUAACAGUCUCUGUGUACGUGUAUGUAGAUCUUCGCUACUAGAAUCUGCUUAGGCUUAUAUAUUUAGUGUGAGUAUAUAGAGGCAGGAAGCAAAAUGUCUGAAGAGCAACAGAGUCAACACUUGUGGAUGGAAGACAAGCUCACAGGAAUGGAUAUGAUCGGGGAUGAACAUUUUGAACCCACUGGUGAACUAUAUGACUUUCUGACAGAAAGUUGCAGUCCUCCCAAAAACAACAGCUCCUUGAUAAGUAGUGCAAGCAGUGCAUCGAGUCCAAGCAGCUUUGAGUCUAGCUUUGCCGAGAGCAUCCCUGAGCCAUCACCUAAUACAGAAGGGGCGGAGGGGUGUGUCAAGAUGGUGGAAGAACUGCUCUCUCAAAAUGUACAGGAGAAACCAGUAGAGCCAAUCGAUUUCUCUGAACUUGCAACUGAGAUGGAGACAGUCGAUGGCUCACAGCAGAAUACUACUGGUGGCGAUGACAUUGAUGCUGUGUCGACUACUCGCAGUAAAUUGAGACAAUCGAGGUUGCAAACACCUUCAAAGAGCCUAAAAAACUGUAGCGCUUUCAGCAGUUCUCCCAUCAAGGAUGCCCAGCUGGACUACCUAAAAGAGCUGAGAGACUUUGACACCACAAAGAUGGCCUUGUCCAGUCAGAGGGAGUCCCAACUCUCCAGUGGGCGGUCCUCCUCCAACGAUACGUACAUAGUCUCCCAGAGCAGCAGUGAGGAGAGAGCGUCGUCGGACACAGCUCUUAAUGAGUUGGAAAGGUCAGAGACGUCCAGUAUGGGCUCUUCAGUUUCUGUGGAGGGUGGCAAGAAGUUAAAGCCACCCAAAACUGGAUCUAGCAUUGCCCGCAAAUCUAUUGGAGGUUUAAAAUUCACUAAGCCUACUACCAAACCAUCCCUGCUACCCUCUAAACCGUUGAAUCAAUCUAAAAGCCUGCUUCAGCAACCUCUCCGUAAAGUCGGUGUUCCUGCCAACAGAGUCCUUGCAACCAAAAAGAACACUAGCCUCAGAAACCAGGAGAAUAAAGGAAUCCUAUUUGUUACCUCAAUUCCACCUUCAAAGGUCACAAAACGAGUUCCUGUAAAUAAAAACCGAAUUAGAAGGUCCAGCAUUCCUAAACCAGUUGCAGUCUCUGAGUUACAGAGGAAGCAACUAUCCAAGAACUCGAAUGCAACUCGAGUGCUGAAGUCGGCCUCUGUUCCUGUUGUACAGUCCACACCCAUCCCCCUGAAAAACAAAGCCAUAACUGACACAACACCAAACAGGAGACGAUCACUGGCCACUAACAGCCCUCCUAUGGGUACUAGAGAGGGUCACAGGGAGGUUGAGCCAAGGAUAAAACCUUCCUUCAGUCUUAGUUCAAUAGAGGGCAGUGCAUCUGCUAAAAGGAAUGAGACAGCACUCAUCCGAGAAGCCGAAACCAGCAUUAUCAAAACUCCUAAGACUGUGAAAAAGAGAAGGUCUCUACUUCCAACACCAGGAGGAAAAGAGCUAAACAUUCUUUCGUUAGACAUUGGAACGUCAGAUAGGAAGUCACAUGACGCUAUGCAGCAGCAGUCAUCUGCUUCCCCUCACCUUAAUGAUGACGAACGAGCUAUGCCUCCGCCCAAAAGGUCCUCGAAACUACAAGUAAAGGGAUAUGGACUACAGAAACUCACGGCUGGUUCCAGGAGGAUGGUCUUCAAACCCAGGAAUGGACCUGCUGUUAGGCCAAAGAAGACUGGACCAGUCAAACCAGUGGUUUCAUACCAUAGGGAAGACUUUCAGAUGGUCCCAAAGGUGAGUGGUUCCAAGGUGGUUCACUCCCCACUCAACAAAGAGAAUUCCCCCUCCAUCCCUCACUCGAAAUGGUCACCUGUCAAGAAGAAGAAAGACUAUGAGAGGGACGAUGCUUGUUUCAUGUGCACAAAGAGAACUGUCAAAUGAACACCUACCUGACUUAAUACCUAGUGUGCAGUCAUGUAUUGUAUACGUUUAUCUGUGCACUAACAGGAUGUUUGGUCUGAAACUUAUAAAUUGUGA